AUGCCCAAGGGGAAACGAUCCGCUCGAGCCUCGUGGCUGUUUCGCAACAAACCAGCUGUAGCCUCAGCCAACAAUACCUUUGGCCGCUUCAAUGUCUCGAUCAAUCAUGAUGAAUCCAAAGCCGAAGGCUCCAUUGCUAUACAACAUGCCGUCCAUCUCGAAGGCUUCCCUUCCGAACAGACCCUUGACCUUGUCUUGCGUCCCGAAAGCAUAGUCGCUUGUGAACUGUUUCUUGACAACCAUAGACUGCCUCCAGAAGUGCUCAACCUGAUCCCGACGAACCGUAAUGACAUAUGGAGUCUGUCGUUGACGAUGCAUACUCCUGGCACUGUUAUAUGUCCUACAGCGCCCCUCCCCUUGUCGUUCAUAUCGACCAGCUUCGGACAGCAAUUUGCUACCUUCGCUCAUCUGUGUCGAACAACAAAACUCCAAAUAUACCUAGGCAAAGACCAACUGCAGGCAGAGCAUCGUGUGCGUCUCGAGCGCUUCGCUUCUGCCAUUGCCUCCCGCAAACUCCAAGCCAAUCCCAUCGACCUACGAAGCCUUGGUGGCGGAGGUGGAAAGCAAGAGACAACAUGGAACUAUAUACAUCGGCCUCUGGAGGAAGAAUCACAGGCAGAAGUCGGUGCUGCGAGGAAAAGAAACCGUGUUGAUUCAGACAGCCAGCAGCAGUCGGGAGAGCCGUCUACAAAAAUACAAAAGUUCUGGGACGUGGUGCCACCAGGCUCCCCCACGGAAGUAAACACACCAAGUUCGCGACAUGUUACCCCUACUUCUCCCUUCAUGUCGCCAACAAUCGAGAGGUCACUCGAAGACGACCCAAGUCCAUCCAUCACAGGCGAAAGGUCCGACCUCAGGCACAACGAAGAGAAGAGACCAGGCUUACGAGCCUACACACCACCCCCUGCUUACCCAGCAGGGCUUGAAGCUACCUGCACACCAUCACCUGCGCUUGGAAAAACAAGUUCGCCAGCCUGGGGAUCUAGUAUAGAGAUCAAGCCCACGUUCCUUCCCCCUCGAUCAGCAACUCAUGGCUUCGCAGCUUCNCCUGAGCUUACUCAAGCCUUAGGCGGUAUACUCCAGCAAAUGCUACCCAACAUCAUCGAAGGAGCUUUCUCUUCCAUCAUAGGUCCAUUAAUAGAUGCCCGUCUCGAAGCACUAGUAACCCACAAAAUGGAAGCCCUGGUGCGAGAAAAACUACCCCUCCUCACCCACCGCGCUCUCCACCAAAACAUGGAAAAGUUCAUCGACGAACUCGAAGACGGACACAAGAGAGCCGAAGUCGAGAUUGCAGAGACGGUCGACGAAGCCAAGAUUGAGCUCAAUGAAGCUCGCGAUCGGGGUAUUGACGAUAUAGAGACUUGGGCUCAGGAACGCUUGGGCGAGUUUGAGGGUGACGUGGAUGAAGUUACCAAGUCUGCUGUUGAAGAGUUGGAGGAUAAGACUAUGGUUUUGAAGGAGCGAUUGGAUCAACACUUCAGAGGUCAGUGUAGGAAGAUGAGGAGGGUUCAUGAGGGUGUGAGAAGGAAGUCUAUAUAG